ACUAAAUAAAAUCACUCGUUUUGCUUGUUUGUGAUCGUAUAAAUCAACAAUUAUGGGUGAGGAUGGAGAACACUCCGAGAGCAAGAAAGCUCACAAAAAGCGGCACUCAGGAGUGAAAGCGGACAAGAAAAAGGCAAAGAAUAAACCGACUGAUCGCACCAAAAACCCAAAAGCGUUUGCCAUCACCAAGGCCCGGUCGGCCGAAAAGCGUUUCCGGCGCAAAGAGGAUAUUAUUACCAAGAAGCAGCACAUUCCGCUGGUCGAUAAGACCCCGGAAGAACCACCGCCGGUGCUGAUCGCUGUCGUCGGUCCACCAAAGGUUGGCAAGACCACGCUGAUUAUGAAUAUGAUCAAAAAUUUCACCAAAACCAACGUGACCAACAUCAAGGGGCCGAUCACGGUGGUGACGUCGAAGAAGCGACGAAUUACCCUGAUCGAAUGCAACAACGACAUCAACAGCAUGAUCGACAUCGCCAAGUGUGCCGACCUGGUGCUGCUCAUGGUCGAUGCCAGCUUUGGCUUUGAGAUGGAAAUAUUCGAAUUCCUCAACAUCUGCCAGGUGCACGGAAUGCCAAAGAUUAUGGGCAUCCUCAACCACCUGGACAUGAUCAAAAACGCCAGUGCGUUGAAGAUACAGAAAAAGGUAUUAAAACAUCGUUUCUGGAAGGAGGUUUACGAUGGGGCGAAGCUUUUCUAUCUAUCCGGGCUGAUACACGGUGAAUAUCUGAAGAACGAGAUAAGAAACUUGGGACGGUUCAUUUCGGUAAUGAAGUUCCGCCCGCUAACGUGGCGCGGUGCGCACAGUUACAUUGUCGCCGAUCGUAUAGAGGACAUUACGAAUGCGGAGCAGAUUCGUCUCAACGCCAAGUGUGACCGCGAUGUAGUGCUGUACGGUUACGUUCGGGGUGUGCCUUUGAAGAAGGAAAAUAUGGUACAUAUUGCCGGGCUGGGUGAUCUACACAUCGACGAGCUCAACACGUUGACCGAUCCAUGUCCACUGCCGUCGGGAGAGAAGAAAAGAAGCCUCCUCGAAAAAGAGCGGCUACUUUACGCUCCCAUGUCUGGCGUCGGUGGCAUUGUGUACGAUAAGGAUGCAGUGUAUAUCGAACUGCAGGGUUCGCACAGUCACAAGAAGGGAGUAGUUAAAAAUGCCGAGCAAGAGCAGAUCGUUAACUCGUUCAUCGAGAAGAAGGAAACGUUCGAUGUUACGAUCGAGAACCAAGAAUUCCGUCUAUUCAGUGGAGGGGAUGUGAUCAAGUCGGGCGAUUUUGUCGAUGAAUCACGAAAGGCAGCCCAAGAGUCGAGUGACGACGAUGAAGAUGACGAUGACGAGGAGGGAGAUGAUCGAAGUGAUGAGGAUUCGGGUGUCGAAGAGUCCGAAGAUGAAAAGGAUUACGUAAAAGGUGCCCGAUUAGGCUGGAUGCCUGAUGAGGACGGUGAUGACGAUGAGAAUGAAGCCGAUUCCGAUGGCGACGAAGAUGAGGACGAUGACGAUGUGAACGAAGUCGACGCAAGGUCCGCGGGAACGAAGCGCUCCAGUGGAUACCUUUCCUCGGACGACGAGGAGGCAUCGACUGGCAAUAACACAAUGUCCUGGAAAGAAGGUCUUGCGAAAAGGGCCCGAAACGAGUACCUGGAGCGUCAGGCAACGAACAAAAGCCUCAUGAAAAUUGUGUACGGAGUUUUCAGCAAGUUUCACAAACGUCAACAGGGGGAAGCAGCUGCCGAGGACGAAAACGACGAAGACGACGACGAUGGGUUGCUCGGUGGCAUUUUUAAAUCCCUCGCGCAAAAGCAAGCCGAAGCACAGAAGAAAAAAUCCGUCCUCGAUGUGGACGAAUGCAGCUUCUUCGAAGAGUACGGCGAUGGGGUGCGCGAUUGGACGACGGAGGAGAACAAAGAUCUAAUCAAGAACUGCUUCGUGACGGGCAAGUGGAAAGCGUCGGAAGAUGCGGAGGAAUUGCUGAAACUGGACGACAUGAGCGAUGGGGACAGCGAAGUUUACGGUGACUUUGAAGACCUCGAAACUGGUGAGAAACAUCAAGCGUCUAAACCAUCCGGUGAAGAAUCCGAUGGGGAAGUGGAAAAGGAGGAAGACAUUAAUCGGGGCAAGAGGAAAAUUUCAAGAAUUGAAGAACAAAACAUGUCCCGAGCGGAGCUGAUGGCCAAAAAGAUGAAGCUGAAGGCAAAGUUCGACUCGGAGUACGACAAUCCGGCCAAGGACGACCAUCAAAUCGAGGGUGAUCAUCAUUACUAUGAAAAGCUAAAAGCAGACGCGCUGAGGCAGUCGGAGUUGAAUAAGAAAGAAUUUGCAAACCUAGACGAGGACGUGCGACUAAAUAUUGAAGGCCAUCGGGCGGGUUUGUACGUGCGGAUGAACUUCAAGAACGUUCCGGCAGAGUUUGUCGAGCAUUUCGACGCAAGCUAUCCGGUCCUGAUCGGGGGAUUGAACAUGGCCGAGGAGAAUGUGGGCUUCGUGAACUGCAAGGUGAAGAAGCACCGGUGGUAUAAGAAAACGCUCAAGACGGGUGAUCCACUGAUCAUUUCGCUCGGCUGGCGCCGGUUUCAGACGUGCCCGAUUUACGCCAAGGUGGAGGACGAUUUCAAACAUCGCUACCUGAAGUAUACCCCGGAUCAUGUGACCUGCAGUAUGAGCUUCUUCGGGCCGGUAACACCCCAAAACACGGGCUUUAUGGCUAUCCAGUCGGUGGCUUACGACCAGAAGGAGAUGCGCAAGUUGGGCUUCCGGGUGGCGGCCACCGGCUCCGUCAGCGAGACGGACAAGAGUGUGGACAUUAUGAAGAAGCUCAAGCUGAUCGGUACACCGUACAAAAUCUAUCAGAAAACAACCUACGUGAAGGGCAUGUUCAACACGACGCUCGAGGUGGCCAAGUUCGAGGGUGCCAAGGUUCGAACCGUGUCCGGCAUUCGGGGGCAGAUUAAGAAAGCCGUACCUCCGGAGGGAUCGUUCCGUGCUACGUUCGAAGAUCGCAUCAUGUUGAGCGAUAUCGUGUUCUGUCGGACGUGGUUCAAGGUUCCCGUGCCCACGUUCUACGCGCCGGUGACCAACUUACUGCUGCCCCCGGAAAAGAAAAGCCAUUGGGUGGGCAUGAAAACGCUGGGCCAGCUGAAGCGCGAGAAGAAUCUACAGUUUGAGGCAAAGGAGGACAGUACGUACAAGCCGAUCGUGCGUGAAAAACUCGCCUUCCGGCCGCUGACGAUACCGAAAAGCCUCCAGAAAGCUCUUCCCUAUAAAGACAAACCGAAACUUGGGCCUAUCAAUCCGAGAAAACCGUUCGAAAGUACCCGAGUGGCAGUGGUGCUUUCUCCGCACGAGCAAAAGGUUGCUAAAAUGAUGAAUAUGAUAAAAACGAACUUUAACAGCAAACAAGCGAAACAGCAUCGUGCGAUGCAGGAAAGGUCGAAGAAGUAUAAGCAACAGUUGACGGAUGAAAACUACAAAAGGCUGCAGCGUCAGAAGGACUUGAAGAAGAAAGUUUUCAAAGCAAUUAGCAAAAUGGACACGAAGACGGACGAGAAACUAAAAACCGGUAGAAAGUGAACCUCGUCUGUGUAUGUUGCAUCUUUCUUUUCAUGAAAUAAAAUAAUUUUAUGAUCAAA